AUGGGCGAGGGCUUUCGUGCUAGAUUCGCUGGCGUCACAUUCAACCCUCGGAACGCGUCCUUCGGUCGCAACUACACACGAGGAUUCGGGUCUGGGGCUGGCAGUGGAGGAUGGGAACAAAUCGAAAUGGAAGACAUGCUGGGAGAUGACAGCGACUCAGAAUGA